UAAAAUUAUUCCAAAAUUUGUAGUGAACGUACAGUGACCCCCAAAAUUUCGCAGCCCCAACCCCUUUUUCGGCCAUGGAUUACGAUUUCCUUACGCCUCCUCCCGAGGAACGUAUCAUUCGCUCCAACAAUCUGAACGAGGAACAGCUCAAGGAUCUGGAGAUGGCCUUCUCGCUGUUCGACGAUCAGGACCUCAAGGUCAUACCCAUAAAGCAGCUGAGGCAGCUUAUGCGAACUGUGGCCCAAAAUCCGAGUGAUGCCGAACUGCAGGAUAUAUGCACGGAAAUCGAUGCCGAUGGUUCGGGGGAAUUAUAUCUCAGCGACUUCCUGUACAUCAUGUCUCAGAGGUACGAGAACAUGACGACCGAGGAUGAGAUUAUAGCGGCUUUCAGGGUGUUCGACAAGCAGGGAACCGGUGUUAUAUCCGAAACGGAGUUCCGUCACAUAAUGCAGAAUAUGGGGGAGCACAUGACAGAGGAGGAGGUGGAGGAAAUCAUUCGCGAUGCAGACUCCGAUAAUGAGGGAAACAUCGUCUAUGUGCGAUUUGUCAACAUGAUGUCCACCACAUAAGAAAG